AAUGAAGGCUUCGUUUGGUAGAGAGUUUCCCCUCCACUGCCGAGUUCUAGUGGGCUGUGCCGUUAAGCGGUACGUCUGGUAUUAAAAGCCUAGUCUUAAGGUGCCUUACUGCCAGUUAAUAGUCUGUGGCGCAAACCGCCUUCUUUUAUACAGUUUACAUUUUGGAUUUAGUGCAGACAUGUCGGAAUUUUUGCAGGACCCCUCGGUCCUGACUAAAGACAAGCUGAAGAGCGCGCUGUUAGCUAACGACGUUGCUCUACCACCAGGGGAGCAGAAGAAAGAUGUGUAUGUGCGGCUUUACCUGCAGCAUCUCACUUCGAGAAAUCAUCGACAGAGUCCAGCAGACACUUUUUCUAGUGACGAGGAGCCUCCAGCACCGCCAGUGGGUACAAGAGGCCGGCCUGGUCGGAAAGCCACAAAGAAAACAGACCGGCCAUUACCAGAAGAUAAUGAUGCCUUGGAGAUGAGCAUUGAAGAGCUUAGGCAGGGAUUGAUGAAGUAUGGGGUCAACCCAGGACCCAUUAUGCCUUCUACCAAGAAACUCUAUGAGAAGAAGUUACAGAAACUGCAAGAACAGGGUCCUCCUGAAUCUCAGUCCCAGGCACCAGACCCGAAACAGAAUGGCAGCACUGAGACUGAUCAGUACAGUGACAAAGAGGAAGAGGAGAAGUCCGAACUGAUACUUGAGAAACGAGAGCCAAUAAGGAGCAGGCAGAGAACCCCUGCUAGUAUUCGUCCACGCAGGCAGGAUGUGCACAGGAUUAUAUCAGAUGAAUCCACAGAAGAGACGUUGAUAAGGAAGAGGCCAGGUCGUCGACUACCCCAGGACCAAGCUGUACCCAGCAGUGAUGAUAAUAUUGACUUCUCAGAGCUCUCUACAACCGAGACAAUGCCCAGCGAAGGAGAGGCAGUCAAUGGUGGUGGCAACAGAUCCUUGCAAGCCUCCAUGAAGCAUCAGGCUGCAGUACAAGAGACCCCAGAACCACAAGUAGUUAGCAGAGUACAUGAGAUUGCUAAGGAGCCCACGAGCGACAUUUUGCUACCAUCCGUAGAAACUCUUGCAAGUCCUCAACCCAGUGAAACUAAGCUUGAAACUUCCAGGCCACUACAACAACGAAACAAAUCACAGACAAUCGAAGGCAGUCAUAAGAAGUUAUCAGCCCCUGAGGCUACACUCCUGCUCAACACAGCUGUGCUUGAGGACCCUGUAACUCAUGAGCCAGACAUUCCUAAGCGAAAAACAAGACCCCAAAAGAUCUCUGGAUUCCUCAGUCCUGUCAGAGCUCAGGACGGGGAAAAGGAGCGUCAUGAUGCUAGUGAGAAGCUGAAACCAGACCUUCUCAAGGAAAUGUUUCCAAAUGAACCAGCAACACCUACUGGAAUCAGUGCCACAUGCCGCCGACCUAUACGUGGAGCUGCCAGUCGUCCCAUCACAAUCAGUGAUUUCCAUCUUGAAGACUCACGGCUGCGUCACUCAGAGAUGAGAUACCGCUCAGAGGUACGGACAGAGAUGUGUCCGCCAAAAUUGAGCUCUCCUGUCCCAGUGGCCUCAGCUACUCCAGUGCGGUCCCAUCGCUUUAUUCCUGUCUGGCUCCAGCUGCUCCUUCUUGCUAUUGUGGCUGGAUUCCUUCUAUUUGUGUACCAGGCUAUGGAGACUAAUCCCUCAAAUCCUUUUAUGAAUGAGCCACCUCGUGCUGAGGAGAAGAGCAAGUGAAACACAGCCAGAAUGCCUCCCUACCGGACAUCUCUGGCUCUCCUCCUACCAGUAGCUUCCAGUAAAGGUGGAAAAGGAUAUAUAUAUAUAUAUUCUCCUGGACAUUCAUUUGUUUCCCUUCCCCUUUGACUAAGCCCUUUAGUUUACUACCUGUGGAGCAGUUUUCCCAGUAGGUGGAAUCAAGGCAACUUGCAGAGUAGUGAUUAAUUCACAUAGCUCUUGCUUAGGAAAAUCAGAGGAACCUUUGCCCACAGUCUGCAAUAAACCUUCACCUCUCAACCUAAAACUGUGGUCCACUUUAGUAUGGUAGUGACAAAGAACUGUCCUUGACUUGCUAGAUACAAAAUAGUUUGAAAAACUAUAUGAAGAACUGUAGACACAGGAGAACUGCUAAAAUGCCCUAGCAUAGAGAAAUGAAUUGUGGAACACAAGAAGAAAUUAAGACCCAUCAGGCACAGUCUAAAAGUUUUCACUUUUUUUUAUAUAUAUAAGCUUUCCCUAAUGAUGGUUCUGGCCUGAGUUUGUAAGUGGUUGUUAUGAGAAACUUGAUGGAUAUGACCCUAAUUAAGUGUCCUCUAAUAACGAGGGAACUUUUGUUGGACAUACAUAUUAAGAAACUCGAUUCUCUUACUUGGAACUGGGACUGCUGCACCAUGCUAAAGUGUAGCCACUUUUCCACCAAUCUUUGGCACUUGUGGAAACAUGACUUUUUAUAAACUAGGUUAUUUUUCUAUUACUUACUAAGAGAUCCUUUUAGACAAAACAGACUUAUUCUGCUUGCGAGGCAUUGGGGGCACCAAGCCCUAGUUAAAUAAUGUGAAUGUGCAGGUACCUGUGCCCUGUACUAGAUUUUUAAGCUACAAGAAUAUUUAAGAAUGAAGACACUUACAUUGUAUUUAUGCUUUUCCUCACAUGGGUGGGGGGCUGGGGCUGUACUGGUGGAGGGGGCAGAUAUGUUUUGUAGUUUGUCUCCAGUAGUUUUUUUUUUUUUUUUUUUUUUGUUUUUUUUUGUUUUUUUUUAAACUAUAUAUACCAUGUGGUAGAGAUUUAAAAUUAAAGAAUACAUUGUGCUCUGAUAUGUUUUGCUCUGCUGUAAUAGAUACGCUAACAUAUUAAAGGUGUUUUCUUUUUUUAUGUUUUUUCUUUGCUUCCAUCUUUUA